AUGAUAGCGGGUGUAGAAGAUGAUAAAAAAUCUCCGACGUCCAACAGACGUUUAACCCCACACACAACACGGGCGGUUCCAAAGAGAAACAAGAAUAUGGCGAAUGAUAACUCAAUGGAGGCAUCGAAGGCGAUAGAGCACAUGAGGGAAUGGAUAAAUUCCCAGCCACACUUACCUAAAGACAUAGAGGACUUCCUGCUUCUUCGAUUCGCGCACAGCUGCUAUUAUGAUCUGGAAAGGGCAAAGGUCGCGGCGGAUCUAUUUUUUACACUCAGAGCGGAAAGCACAUCAUUGCUAAAAGACAGAGAUCCGAUGUCACCGCAUAUGCAAAAGAUUUUGAGCAUUGUAAAUAUCGGGUUUCUCAAGUUGCCUGGAAAGCGAAACAUUUGGCUGUACCAAAUCAACGACCCCGGUUUAGAUGUUUAUGAGUAUUUACUCGACGUGAAACUUUUCUACACUUCGACAGACGCCUGGUUGCUAGAGAACGAUGAGCUAGAAGAAUCUGACGUCGUUGUGUUGGACGUCAAAGACAUAUCACUGAAGUUUCUAACAAAAUAUAACGUGUCGGUAGCGAGAAAACUGGCCAAGUAUCAAGAGGAAGCUAUACCGAUUAGACUGAAGCAGGUACACAUAGUCAAUGCGCCGCCCUUCAUAGACAAAAUAUACGGCCUUAUGAAGCCAUUCUUAAAAAAGGAAUUAACUGAAAUGAUUUAUUUUCACUCUCCCAAGUCACAAACUUUGUAUAAAUACGUGAAUAAAGAUGAAUUACCAGCUGACUAUGGUGGAGCAAUGCCUAAAAUGGAGGAUCUAAAUAAAAGUGUAGUACAGCUUAUAAUGAAACACAGGGAUCUUAUUAAUGAGAAACUUUGGGUGGCUGUGGAUAAGAAAUCGAAAAAUAAAGAAAAGGUUUCGGUCGAAUCGCCGUCAUUCCGUUCGCUCGCCAUUGAU